GCAAGAUGAAUUUCCUCCGCGGGGUCAUGGGGGGGCAGAGUGCCGGCCAUCAGCACAGCGAAGCCGAGACGAUUCAAAAACUUUGUGACAGAGUAGCUUCUUCCACUUUACUGGAUGAUCGAAGAGAUGCUGUACGUGCUCUCAAGUCACUAUCUAAGAAAUACCGCUUGGAAGUCGGUAUUCAGGCUAUGGAACAUCUUAUUCAUGUUUUACAAAUGGAUCGCUCGGAUUCUGAAAUAAUAGGUUAUGCUUUGGAUACAUUACAUAAUAUAAUAUCUAAUGAAGAAGAGGAAGAAAUAGAAGAAAAUUCCACAAGACAGAGUGAGGAUUUGGGAAGCCAGUUUACAGAAAUUUUCAUUAAGCAGCCAGAAAAUGUCACUCUCCUGUUAUCUUUAUUGGAGGAAUUUGAUUUCCAUGUCCGAUGGCCUGCUGUGAAGCUUCUUACUUCUCUUUUGAAACAGCUAGGACCUCAAGUGCAGCAGAUUAUUUUGGUCAGUCCUAUGGGUGUUUCAAGACUGAUGGACUUAUUAGCGGAUUCCAGGGAAGUUAUACGUAAUGAUGGUGUCUUGCUACUACAGGCACUAACAAGAAGCAAUGGAGCAAUCCAGAAAAUUGUGGCUUUUGAAAAUGCUUUUGAGAGACUAUUGGACAUUAUUACUGAGGAGGGAAAUAGUGAUGGAGGUAUAGUAGUAGAAGAUUGUCUGAUUUUGCUCCAAAACUUGUUAAAAAACAAUAAUUCCAAUCAAAACUUCUUUAAAGAAGGCUCAUACAUUCAACGCAUGAAGCCUUGGUUUGAAGUUGGAGAUGAAAAUUCUGGCUGGUCUGCUCAGAAAGUGACUAAUCUGCACUUAAUGCUACAGCUUGUUCGAGUACUAGUGUCUCCCACCAACCCUCCGGGUGCUACCAGUACCUGCCAGAAAGCUAUGUUCCAGUGUGGCUUACUGCAACAGCUUUGCACUAUCUUGAUGGCUACUGGAGUUCCAGCUGAUAUUUUGACUGAGACCAUUAAUACUGUAUCAGAAGUUAUUCGAGGCUGCCAAGUUAACCAAGACUAUUUUGCUUCUGUAAAUGCCCCUUCAAGUCCGCCAAGACCGGCAAUUGUAGUGCUUCUCAUGUCCAUGGUUAAUGAAAGGCAGCCAUUUGUAUUGCGCUGUGCUGUUCUCUAUUGCUUCCAGUGCUUCUUAUAUAAAAAUCAGAGAGGACAAGGAGAAAUCGUCUCAACUCUGCUACCCUCCACCAUUGAUGCAACAGGUAAUUCGAUCUCAGCUGGUCAGUUACUAUGCGGAGGUUUGUUUUCUACUGAUUCACUUUCAAACUGGUGUGCUGCUGUUGCCCUUGCUCACGCUUUGCAAGAAAACGCCACUCAGAAAGAACAGCUACUCAGGGUUCAGCUUGCUACAAGUAUCGGCAACCCUCCAGUUUCUUUAUUGCAGCAGUGCACCAACAUCCUUUCACAGGGUGAUAAGAUCGACAGACGGGGAAGCAAAAUACAAACAAGAGUUGGAUUAUUAAUGUUGCUGUGUACCUGGUUGAGUAACUGUCCCAUUGCAGUAACACAUUUUCUUCACAAUUCAGCCAAUGUUCCAUUUCUUACAGGACAGAUUGCAGAAAAUCUUGGAGAAGAAGAGCAGUUGGUUCAAGGCUUAUGUGCCCUUCUAUUGGGCAUUUCAAUUUACUUCAAUGAUAACUCUCUUGAGAGCUACAUGAAAGAGAAGCUAAAACAACUAAUAGAGAAGAGAAUUGGCAAGGAGAAUUUCAUAGAGAAACUAGGAUUUAUUAGCAAACAUGAGUUGUAUUCUAGAGCAUCUCAGAAACCUCAGCCAAACUUUCCCACUCCAGAAUGUAUGAUAUUUGAUCAUGAGUUUACAAAGCUAGUAAAAGAACUUGAAGGUGUGAUAACUAAAGCUAUUUAUAAGUCCAGUGAAGAAGAUCAGAAAGAAGAAGAGGUGAAGAAAACUUUAGAACAGCAUGACAGUAUUGUGUCUCACUAUAAAAAUAUGAUUCGAGAACAGGAUCUGCAACUUGAGGAAUUAAAACAGCAGAUUUCUACAUUAAAAAGUCAAAAUGAGCACCUCGAGACCACGGUCACACAGCAAGUAUCUCAGAUUCAGCAGCACAAGGACCAGUAUAAUCUUCUUAAAGUCCAACUGGGUAAAGACAAUCAACAUCAAGGUUUGCACACUGAUGGAACCCAGAUGAAUGGCAUUCAGCUACAAGAAAUCCCUGGCUUACUAAGAGAGAUAGAAGAAUUAAAAAGAAACCAAGAACUUUUACAAAACCAGCUGACUGAAAAGGACACUUUAAUUGAACAUUUGAAAUCUUUGCAAACAUCAUCGGACAUGAAUGAACGGUCUUCAGUGGCACUUUCAGCCAGAGAUUCUGAAGAAAUUGCAGAAUUAAAACAGGAACUGGCAACAUUAAAGACUCAAUUAAACACACAGUCUGUGGAAAUUACCAAGCUACACACUGAGAAGCAGGAACUGUUACAAAAGACAGAAGCGUUUGAAAAAUCAGUUCCUAUACCUGUAGAGAAUGAAACAGUAGUAACAACAAAAAUGACUGAUGUUGAAGGAAGACUGUCAGCAUUAUUACAGGAAACUAAGGAAUUAAAGAAUGAAAUUCGGAUAUUGUCUGAGGAAAGAGCUGCUAUUAAAAAACAGCUGGAUUCAUCAAACAGCACCAUUGCUGUUUUACAAAAUGAAAAAAACAAGUUAGAGAUGGACAUGAAGGAUUCCAAGAAAGAACAAGAUGACCUCUUGGUGCUGUUGGCUGAUCAAGAUCAGAAAAUAUUUUCAUUAAGAACAAAGCUAAAGGACUGUGGUCACCCAGAUGAAGAUGAAGAUGAGCUUUUGAGUGGAGAACAAGAUGAAGAGAAUGAUGAAUUUGAAGAGGAGGACAAGAACUAGGAUAUCUAACUUUAAGAUCUGUAGGAAUCAUACAGAUCAGAUUGUUUUUUGAAGACCAAGUUUUAAGACCUGCUUUCAUCUGCCUCCACAGAAAAUAAAGAUUUAGAACACCAUUGGAAGACAUUCUCUAAUAAGACUAUUAAUGUAUUUUUAAAAUAAUGCCACCUAUGUACCUUUAUGCAGAAAACAUGUCUUUUCUUUAAAUUAAACAAUUCCAGAACAGAAUUUUUAAAGAGCUUCAAACAGCAAAAGUAUACCAUUUUAAGGCUUGUGGUGGCAGUGCUAUUUGCCUUAUUAGUUCAUUGGUUGUUUACAUAAAAUCUGUAUGUGUCUAUUCUACUUUUCAGAAUUUGUGUCUGAGUACUAACACAUUUGAUUUAUGUGUAUUGGAAUCAUUGUUUCUAAAUUCAGUGUUGGGAUUCUUAGCUGAUGAUUUUCUUUGAAAGAAAAUCAAGGCAAGAAGGCUGAAGAGAUAAUGUCUAUCGCCAGCCCUUCGUUCCAGUGUGACUCCCAAGAUGGUCAGGAUAUGACACUUUGAACAAGUGCCUGACACUUGUUAGUAGCUGCAGUCUGGACCUCAGUGAAGAGACAGAAGGACACACAGUGAUAUGGAGGCUGUUUCUGAGAAAUCUGACAAUGGCAUAUUAGCAUGUGGUUGGUUUGGGUUUUACUUUAAGCUAAACAUCUAAAAUUAAAAGCUCAUACAACUCCAACUUACUGUUAUUUGAUUAUCAUAAAACAUUAUGUUUUUUAGUUUUAAGCAGACCCAUCUAUGAUUUAUAUAAUUUAUUGGCAUUUUUGCUAAAUAAGUUUAAGUAAGAUAAUAGAUUUAUAAAAAAACAAAUGAAACAAUGUGUCAAAAUUUAAUGUUUUCAUAAUAAAUAGAUGUUAUGUUCAUGUAA